AUGCCUGAUACAACUUCUUUCCAAGGAAACUUGCCCGCUGAUAAUGAAAAACUCACUUAUAUAUUCAUUGAUAAUUCCAAUACCUUUAUUGAGGGAACCUUUUCCGUUGGUAAACUCGAAAAUUUGGGUUCAAUUGACAAUGAACGAAAUUCUUUGGUGUUUAGGGAUCUAGAAAUUAAUUAUGAGUUACUUAUUGAAAGGAUCCAGGGUAAAGGAAAUCUGGGUGCUAAGCCAGUAAUAGUCCCUUCGCCAGAAAAUUGCCAGGGGAGUGAACAGAUUAAAGGAAACCUGAGCGUCAGGCCACUCAUAGUUCCGUCGCAAGAAGAUAUACAAAGGGACAUUCGGGAUAAAGAAAAUCCAAGUGCUAAGUCAGCCAUAGUACAUUCACAAGAUAAUAAUAAGUGGGAUAUUCAUGAUAAAGAAAAUCUGGGCGACAGGCAGGUCAUGAUUCUAUCGCAAGAAAAUUGCCAUGAAAAUAAUCAGGGUAAAGAAAAUACGAGCACCAGGCCGGUCAUAAUUCCACCACAAGAAGAUAGGCAGGUGAAUGUCCAGCCGAAGUCAGAAUUCGGCUUGAAGACAUGUAUGCAAAAUAAUCUUAAGCGUAAAGAACUCAACAGGAAAAAUGAAAAUGAUAACAAAAACAAACUGGUUAGCUACAAUAAACCCUCGGGAAACUAUGGUGAACUCUGGAGGAAAUAUGAUAAAUGUGACACACCUAUGAAAGAAUGUUAUUAUUCUUGGAGAAAGUGUGACGAACCCUUAAGGAAAUAUGACGAACUCUGGAGAAGAUACAACGAACCGUGGGGAAAAUGUAGUGAGCCAUGGAAACAGUGUGAUGAUACCUGGAGGAAGUAUGACAGACCUUUGAUGAAGCAUGAUAACCCCUGGAGAAAGUGUGACGAGCCUUGGAGAAAAUGUGAUGAGUCCUGGGUGAAGUAUAUCGAGACUUGGAAGAAACGUAAUGACCUUCAAAAAUACAACGAGCCUUGGAGAAUGUGUAAUAAAGAAAAUAAGGAAAAUACUAUUGACCCUAGAAAAUCAAACAGUACGGAGAAAGCUGUAAGAUCAAGCGAACAUCGUAAGAAAAUUCGGGAGAAGACAGUUGACGUGGAACUUGCUUGCAACGUAAUGGAGACUAUUCUCAAAAGUAAAGAACCCGGUAGAUUUGUGUUAGUCGCCGGCGAUUAUGACUAUGAACCUAUAAUAAAGCGGGCUCUAAAACUCAGGUGGAUAGUCGAAAUAUGGUUUUGGAAAUCAGGAAUGUCUAACAGAUUCAAGUCGAUGGAAGAUGUUGAGAUCAAAUAUCUAGAUAAUUUUUAUAAGUCAUUUACGUAUUGCGGUAGAUUCAAGCCAACAAAAAUUUCAAGAAUGCAUGUUCUCGAAAUCAAUGACUGUAAAAAAAUUCAAUACAAAGAGAUGGAGUGUUUCGCUGCUUUGAGUUUGUUUGGUUUAUGGUGCUGGUCAGAUGACGAAACUUUAUAUUUGUAUUUUACCAACGAGAAUAAUUCGAAGAAAGCAAAAUGUUGGUUAGAGGCUAAGUACGGAAUCCAAGUUUGGAAAAAAGUAUAA